GUCGUCUGCACUGCACUUGGCUAUGACCACGGUGGUGAUGGCGACUGCCACCGAUGAGAACAAUCCGGUUAGUAAUGUGUUGUCUGCCGAUCUGUCGUCGGCGUGGACUACCACGGGGCUCUAUCCGCACGCGGUGGCUGUGCCCUUUCCCGAUGAUGUCGCAGCGCCGGCUUUUGUCCGCGUCUGGUGCUCGGGCGUGCGCGAGGUUGCGGUUGAGGGCGUGGCUGUGACCGACACUGCGCGUGAGCCUGUAGAGGUUGCGGUCCGGACGCUCGAUUCUUUGCGCGAGAUCCAGAUGGAGGUCUUUGACCUUUCAUCGCUCCCGGCUUGGGCCACGGCCGUCCGCAUCACCAUCCUCGACGGUUUUGGCCCCUUUGCCGCCAUUCACCGCAUCGCAGUCGAGUAAGUGGCAGUCGAGUGCAUCGACCACCACUACAUGUAGACUGUGCCACUGGCAUCAGCGCACGCUGCCUACCGCCUCACCCUUGACCGUCUCGCCCUCGAUUCGCCUCGCCCUUUACCGCCCCAUCGACUACAACGCUGACCCUACAUCCACACUAUCCGCCCCUCUCCUCACCACUGCACACCGCACACCGCACAACAACAAUAAUCCCUCUGCAUCAUCUC